AUGCCUAAGUACAAACAAGUUGAUGUAUUUAGUGAUACUCCAUAUUUAGGUAAUCCGGUAGCUGUCAUUUAUGAUGCUGAUUCAUUGUCAACUUCUCAAAUGCAAAAAAUUGCAAAUUGGACAAAUUUAUCAGAAACUACGUUCGUUUGUAAACCAACAACACCAGAAGCUGAUUAUAAAUUAAGAAUAUUUACACCUGGUACAGAAUUACCAUUUGCUGGUCAUCCAACAAUUGGAACUGCUCAUGCAUUAAUUGAAGAUAAAUUAAUCAAACCAAAGAGUGGAAUAGUAGUUCAAGAAUGUGGUGCUGGUUUAAUUGACAUUGAAGUAAUUGAUGGUACUUUAUACUUCACGGCUCCUGAAUACAAGUUUUUUAAUCUUGAUUCAAGCUCAAUCACUAAGUCGUUUGGAAAGAAGGUUAUUAAUAAACCAGUCAAAUCAGAUACCGGUCCAUAUUUUGCCAUUUUCCAAUUCGAAUCACCUGAAGAUUUAUUAAAUAUCAAUAUUGAUUUACCAUUGAUUGAAAAAUUCAGUAAAGAGAAUAGUCUUACUGGUGUUGGAUUAUUUGCAGAAUAUAAUGAUGGUAAUUUAGAAACAAGAUUAAUUGCUCCAUUAGUCGGUGUUAAUGAAGAUCCAGCAACUGGUAGUUUAUCAGGAGCAUUAGGUCAUUAUUUAAAACAGACUUUUGAUAUUAACCAAGGUAGAAAAGUUAAACGAGAUUGUAAAAUUAAAGUUAAAUAUGAAGAUGGUAAAGUUAAAGUUGGAGGUAAUGCAAUUACAUGCUUUGAUGGUCUAUACAAUUCAUAA